UCGUUGUCAUCAUCAUUAUCACCACCGUUGUUCCUGACACAGCCACAACAAUCAGAACAUUAUGUACAGGUACGGCACAUUUGCCCGGAGAUCUUGGCCACUAUGGAUGACAAUUCUUACUUUUCUUGGAGUGAUGGCAAUUUUGGGAGUAACUAUUGGUCUCCUUGUUCAUUUUCUGGCAGUUGGAAAGAUUUACCAUUACCAAGGUGGUUUUCAUAUUUCUGGAGUCACAUACAAUGAUAGUUGUGAAAAUGAAGCUUCACAAGCUAGUUCAGAUCUGAGUAAAGAUAUUGAGACUAAGAUAUCUGAUGCAUUUCAAAAUUCUAGUAUGUACAGAGAAUAUAUCAACUCUCAGGUCAUCAAACUUCUUCCUAAUCCCAGUGGUUCAAGUGUACAGUUGCAGCUGACAUUCAAGUUUCCUCCAUCAAAGAGGGAUAGCAUGAAGCCUGAAAUCAAAGCUAUCUUGAAUCAGAUAUUGGAAGACAACAUGUCAUCCUGGAAUGCAGUUUCAGCUUCCAUUAAACUUAUAGAAAUCAGCAAGGCUAAUGCUGAAAUGCUUACCAACAACUGUUGUGGGAGACAAGUGGCCAAUAGCGCGGUAGCAGGCAACCGAAUUGUCAACGGGAAAAAUUCUCCGGCAGGGGCGUGGCCAUGGCAAGCCAGUAUGCAAUGGAAGGGCGUACCCGUCUGUGGAGCAUCUCUGAUCAGCGGCAGGUGGCUAUUAUCCGCAGCUCACUGCUUUGCUACGAAACAUAAUUCAGAAGAUUGGACUGUCAACUUUGGAACUAUAGUAAAUAAACCAUAUAUGACACGGAAAGUCCAAAAUAUUAUUUGUCAUGAAAAUUAUAGCAUGGCUGGGAUUCUUGAUGACAUUGCCCUUGUGCAGCUGACUGAAGAAGUCUCUUUUACAAAGUACGUUCGUAAGAUUUGUCUUCCUGAAGCCAAAAUGAAGCUCUCAGAAAAUGACAGUGCUGUAGUUACAGGAUGGGGAACACUUUCUAUGAAUGGUCGUGUUCCAAAGAUACUUCAACAGGCCUUUGUGAAGAUUAUCGACAACAAAGUUUGCAACGCUCCAUAUGCAUAUUCUGGCCGGGUGACUGAUAAUAUGCUAUGUGCUGGAUUUAUGUCAGGAGAAGCUGAUGCCUGUCAGAAAGAUUCUGGUGGACCACUAGCUUAUGCUGAUUCUAGAAAUAUCUGGAAACUUGUUGGAAUAGUAAGUUGGGGUGAUGGAUGUGCUAAAAAGAACAAGCCAGGUGUCUAUACUCGAGUGACUGCUUAUCGUGACUGGAUUACCUCCAAAACUGGACUCUGAAAGAAAAGUAACUUUGGAAUGGAACAUAAAGAAAACUGCCUCAGGGUAUUCUUGGCUGUUGCUUUAAAAUCUUCUUUUGAUUGUUGGUAUACCAAUCAUUUUCUUAUAUACAAAUAUAUAAAAGUCUUUAUCAAUAUUUUAUCUCUAAAACACUAUUUGUUUAUUUAUCU